AGGAGGGGGAUAAGAGAGCGGAUACUGUGUAUUAGCACCCUGCAGCCAAGGGAGGACUACCGGAAGCUUGUUGAUCGACUCAGUCUGCCCGCGCGGGGUUUGUUCCGGACGACAUCAGUUCAAUGGCCCGAAUGUGUGGGACGUGGAUAGAGGGGUUGCGGAGAUGGUCCAGAUGCAGGCAGGUGUCUCGGGAGGGAUACCCGGGCGACAUCUCAUUGUGGCAGCGGGCAGUCAGCAUUCGAAUGGUAGGGGUCGCAGUGUCCACAUGGCCUGCACCUGCUCUGUGUGCCAGGCCGAUCCGCCACCUUUUGAUGAGUGCCUGCAGAUGCCGUGACACUGUGACGGAGACAAGAAAUCGUCCUUCCUCCUCCCGUCCGAUGCUCCUCAGAUUGCAUGCUGCAGGUUUGCGAUGGAACCAAAAACCUCGCAUACGCUGGCGAGUUGUGAUGGUCAAAUCAGGGUAUUCGAUUCAAAACUCCAAAGGCUUUCUGGCAUGCACCCAUGUGUCCCGCCAGUCCGUUUCCCACCAAGCGCCAGACACUUGUCCUUGUGACCAGACAAAAAAGAAAGAAACCCACGCCCCAAAACCCCACGCCGAAAGAAGCAGCCAAGUCAACCGGCAACAGUGGGGUUUGACCGCCCCGCCAGAGGCCCAAAAACGCACAUUGAAGCAUCGCCGCCGCCAUACCUGAUUACCAAAUUCGCUCCAAGUUCACGAAAACCCAAUCCGUUU